UCCAAAAAAAAACAGCACUUUCCCAAAAAAAAACAGUCACUCGUUUCCACUAAACGCGGUCUCUCUCUCUCUAAGACAUCAUUCGAUGGCAUUUCUCUGUUCUUCUUCUUCUUCACCGUCGCCAGCGAUGCAGAAAGGAGUUUUCGUGAGCGUGCCUAUACUUGUCCUCUCGCUCUCAUUCGCAGCUGCCGUCUUCUUCCUCCUCUCCUCUUCUCUCUCCACCUCCUCCUGCUCCUGUCCUCCAUCUGCAUCUUCUUCUCCGACCGUCGUUAGUGACGUGAGAUUACAAGAGAAGAUAUCCCCGACGCGAGAUGAUAUAGAGUGGGUCAGAGAUCUGAUUAGAUCCAAUGGUUUGCAUAUGCACAAGAACGAGCUCAGGAAGGGGAUUAAUCCUCGCACUAGAGAUCAACAACUCGCAGAUCUCAAACAGUACAAGGGUAUAUCUCAUUACGAAGGAGACAACAACCACACAGCUCUCCCAUGCCCUGGUGAGUUACUAGUUGAGCAGCACCACAGCAACUACGGCGAGCCAUGGGCAGGUGGACGCGACGUAUUCGAGUUCUUAGCCGAAUCCUCCAAUCUCAGACCAAACUCUCGCGUCCUCGAAAUCGGGUGCGGGACCUUACGCGUGGGUCUGCAUUUCAUACGCUAUCUCAAUCCAAGCCACUUCCACUGCCUCGAAAAGGACGAGCUCUCUCUGAUGGCUGCCUUGAGGUACGAGCUCCCGUCUCAAGGUCUUCUACACAAACGUCCUCUUAUACUCAGAGGAGAAGACAUGGAGUUCAGCAAGUUCGGGUUAGAUACAACGUAUGAUCUGAUCUACGCGAGUGCUGUGUUCCUCCACAUGCCUGAUAAGCUCGUGUGGACGGGACUCGAGAGGCUGGUUGAGAAGUUGAAGCCUUACGAUGGGAGGAUCUUCGUGUCGCAUAACGUGAAGUUUUGCUCGAGGUUAGGUGGGGACGAGUGUGCGAAGAGGCUAGCGAGUUUGGGACUUGAGUAUCUUGGCAAACAGACGCAUGAUAGCUUGCUGUUUAAUCACUACGAGAUCUGGUUCGGGUUUAGACGGUUUAGGACGUAAAAGAUUGUUUGAAGUAUCUGUUUUCUUCACACGUCGUGAGGGAUUUUAAAGAGUCCUAAGAGAUUGUUUCUGUAGAGAAGAUGUCAAGUGCAGAGAUGACUGUAUGUCUGUAUCUUACUUUUUUUUGUGUUUAUUACUUUAUGGUGGGAGAUCCGUGUAUUGUUCAUAUAACAGCUGAGAUUUCGAACCGAAA